GAGAUUAUUCUAAAAAUCUUUCAAUCCCACAAAUUCGGAUUUGUUCUCCAUAACAAUGGAAGCUUCGAUUUCGUUACUUGGGUCAACAAAACCCAGUCUUUCCUCACUUAUCCCUUCUUCCAACGUCCUUCAUCGUCGAGACUUCCCUCUUCCUGCUUUGAAAUUGAAGAAAGUUUCAGUGUUGCCUCGAAUCUUGCAACAGAAACGACUCAUCAGAGCUCAGUGCUCUGAUGGAUUCAAACCAGAGGAAGACGAUGGGUUUGUGCUAGAAGACGUCCCUCACUUGACCAAAUUUCUCCCCGAUUUACCGUCGUAUCCAAAUCCAUUGAAAGAAAGCCAAGCAUAUGCCAUUGUUAAGCGAACCUUUGUCAGUUCCGAAGAUGUGGUUGCACAAAAUGUAAGCUGGAUGUUUUCUUCUAAGCUUUUAUUUUUCGAUUUGCGGAUGUUUUGCUUGCUCAAGUACCUUCAUAUUCAGAUUGUAGUCCAGAAGGGAAGUAAGCGAGGAGUACACUUUAGGCGAGCAGGGCCUCGAGAAAGGGUGUACUUCAGAUCAGAUGAAGUAAAAGCUUGCAUAGUCACUUGCGGGGGCUUGUGCCCAGGAAUCAAUACUGUUAUACGGGAAAUUGUAUGUGGAUUGAACAAUAUGUAUGGUGUCAAUAACAUUCUUGGUAUUCAGGGAGGAUAUAGAGGCUUUUACUCCAAAAACACUAUGACCCUGACUCCUAAAGUAGUUAAUGAUAUUCAUAAACGCGGUGGCACGUUUCUUCAAACCUCAAGAGGAGGACAUGAUACAGUGAAGAUUGUUGAUAACAUUCAAGAUAGAGGAAUAAACCAGGUGUAUAUUAUUGGAGGUGAUGGGACGCAAAAGGGUGCAGAGAAAAUAUACCAGGAAGUUGAGAGGCGUGGUCUUCAAGUGGCGGUUUCUGGCAUUCCCAAGACAAUUGAUAAUGAUAUUGCUGUGAUUGACAAAUCAUUUGGCUUUGAUACCGCGGUUGAGGAAGCACAACGAGCUAUUAAUGCUGCACAUGUAGAGGUCGAGAGCGUGGAAAAUGGAGUUGGUAUCGUUAAACUCAUGGGCAGAUACAGUGGUUUUAUUGCCAUGAUUGCAACUUUAGCGAACCGUGAUGUGGAUUGUUGCUUGAUUCCAGAGUCUCCAUUUUUUCUUGAAGGAAAGGGUGGGCUCUUUGAGUUUAUUGAACAACGACUCAAAGAGAACAGGCACAUGGUUAUUGUGAUAGCCGAAGGAGCUGGACAGGAUUAUGUUUCUCAAAGCAUGCAUGUAUCUGGAACCAAAGACGCCUCAGGAAAUAGACUCUUGCUUGAUGUUGGUCUAUGGUUGACUCAACAGAUAAAGGAUCACUUUACAAAUGUUCGGAAAAUGAUGAUAAAUAUGAAGUACAUAGACCCAACGUAUAUGAUAAGAGCAAUACCGAGUAACGCAUCAGACAAUGUCUAUUGCACUCUUCUUGCCCAAAGUGCAGUUCAUGGAGCAAUGGCUGGGUAUUCAGGUUUCACUGUAGGACCAGUUAAUAGCAGACAUGCUUACAUCCCAAUUUCUCGCGUGACUGAAAUGACAAAUACGGUGAAGUUAACUGAUAGGAUGUGGGCUAGACUCCUUGCAUCGACAAAUCAACCGAGUUUCUUGACUGGUGAAGGAGCAUUGCAGAAUGUGAUCGACAUGGAAACUCAAGAAAAGAUCGAUAACAUGAAGAUCUCUUCUAUCUAAGAAACGGUCAGUUGAUAUUCAUCAACUGUUCCAAAUAUAUACUAGACAUAUAUGCAUAGAAGAUAUAUUUAUCAUAAAACCAUGAAGUAUUUCAUUGGUUAUAAGAAUUCUUUGGUUUAGUUAUUCCUAAUAAUAAUAAUACUCAACAUCCAUCUCAACGAUGAGAUUGAGAUGUUAAUACAUAUCUUCCUCUGUUUACUUUUCCA